CGACGACGGAGCAAAACAUCAUUACCACAAUCCAAUUUCAUCUCGCUCCCUGUGUCACGAAAAUGCGUUCCUUAUAAAAGCUAUUUAUUACAGUUCAUAUCUCUUUUGUUUUGCCGGUCUAGUUGUCAAUUAAGUGAACAAUGUAGUAGCAUUUCAGCCCAGACUUCUUAUCAAGAUGCCCAGUUCCCGUAAUGAGAAGGAAUUGAGCCCUUCUGCUCGAAAUCAUAGUAAAGGCAAAAAGUCAUCCCAUAAGCAAAAGAAACAUAGAAAACGCCCCAAAACUGAGGACUCGGUUGAAAAGCUAAAGGAGCAAUACGAAGAUAUUUCCUCCGCUUCAGAAGAAACCGAACAGUUGCCUGUUCCAAGGUACAGCUCGAUCUCACGGAGCCCCUCGCCCGUUGCGUCGAAAAAGUCGAAGCCUAGUGUCAAACGAAAGAAGUCGAGAAAGGAUAGCACUGUACAAGGAUCAAGCAAAAAACGCAAGAAACAUGGCAAGUCGCCCAUGAAUCUUCCGCCAAUGGAGGGAAGCGCUUUGUCGCCAGUUUCUAGGUCGAAAUGGAAAGACGUGACACCGUCUCCUAAAAUUCUGUCGAACAGGGAUACCUUUGAGCACUAUUCGCCUGUGCGUACUUCAUCAAAGCGGCGAGGUUCUGAGUCGCCUCAUGUUCCAAAAGCUUACCGACCAAAGUCACCAAGCAGGAGUCCUAUGAUGAAUAGGAAAGUUUGGUCAAGGUCUCCUUUCAGCCAUAGAUCAAGAUCGCCAUCACCUCCUCCAUAUGGAUCAAGAGGGAGGUCACCCAUGAGAACGUUCAGAUCUCAAGAGAGAUCUCCAUAUCGCUCACCUAUAGGACAAUUCUCACCAUAUGACAGCCGUAGCAGGUCUUACAUGCCCUACAGCAGGAGACGAACACCCUCACCAUAUGAACGUCAUUCGCCAUCACCACCCUUUAGGAAUUCAGGUUUAAGGAAUAGGAAGAAUCAAAGGAACCCUAAUAGACCACGCAGCAGGUCUUUGUCACCACCUCCACCAGCACGCUCCAAUAACAGAAGUCGCACACCUCCAAAGAGGACCCAACACCGUAGCACACCUCGAAGCCCAAAUGUUCAUCAAUCAGGUCAAAAGUCUGGAGGCAAGAAUGCAUCGUGGCAGAGAUCAAGUUCUUCAAGAAAUGACACCCUAAGGAAAGUAGAUGAUAAGUCUGUAAGUCGAGACUCUAGAGAUAAAAUAUCAACUACCAAGGAUUAUUUAUUUAAGGACAAAGGCAGAGUUGAUAUUGUAGAUGGAGUGAGCAAGAAUUCAGUGAAGGAUGUCAUCAACAAAUCAAAACAAAAUUUAGAACCUAGUGCAAAAGAUUCCCCUGUAGAUGUCCUUGCAAAGGAAGCAAAUUUUACUUCAUCUAGAGUUAAGACAGAAUGUGAAGAAACCAAAAAACCAACUCAAAGUGAAUCAAUACCAGCUCUUCCGCUUCCUCCUUUGAAUGAACCAGUGCCACCACCUCUUCCCAGUGAGGAGCCACCUCCUUUACCUCCAGAUGAAGAGAAGCCACCACCUCCUCCUGCCCCGACAUUACCACCACUUCCUUUGCCGCCAGAACUUCCAGGUACUCCAGGUGAAUCUCCAACUUCAUACUCACCACGCUCCCCAGGAGGAAAACUUCCUGAAUCUCCUAAGUCAACACAACAUUCCUUUCCACCAUUACGACCUUUAAAGGAUACAGAUGCCUCUAUGUUACCUUCAGAGUCAGGACCAAGCAGUCAGAGUGAAACACCACUGUCAACACCAGAUACCACUCCAAAGACUCCAGCUGAGAGUGAGUGGGGAGAAAGAUGUGUUGACAUGUUUCAAAUCAUUGAUCAAGUUGGAGAAGGAACAUAUGGGCAAGUUUAUAAAGCAAAAGACAAGAUUACAGGGGAACUGGUUGCCUUGAAAAAAGUACGGACUGACAAUGAGAAGGAAGGUUUUCCUAUCACAGCAGUGAGAGAGAUCAAAAUCCUUCGACAGCUGAAUCAUCACAAUAUUGUGAACUUGAAAGAAAUUGUCACAGACAAACCAAAUGCUCUUGAUUUCCGAAAAGAUAAAGGUGGGUUUUAUCUUGUGUUUGAAUACCUGGAUCAUGAUCUGAUGGGUGUGCUGGAAUCUGGUUUGGUUCAUUUUACGGAAGAUCACAUCAAGUCUUUCACAAAACAGCUUUUAGAUGGCCUCAGCUACUGUCAUCGCAAAAAUUUUCUUCACCGAGACAUUAAGUGCUCCAAUAUUUUGCUGAGUAACAAGGGAGAAAUAAAACUGGCUGAUUUUGGAUUGGCAAGACUGUAUGAGGCAGAUGAAAGGAGGCCAUACACAAAUAAAGUCAUCACAUUGUGGUACAGACCACCAGAACUUUUGCUGGGAGAAGAACGCUAUGGGCCUGGGAUAGAUAUCUGGAGUGUGGGGUGUAUACUGGGGGAAUUGUUUACCAAGAAACCAAUAUUUCCUGCAUUGCAGGAGAUAGGUCAGCUGGAACUAAUCAGUCGUAUCUGUGGAACACCAACACCAGCAGUAUGGCCUGAUGUCAUCCAUUUGCCACAUUUUCACACAAUGAAGCCCAAGAAACAGUACCGCAGAAGAGUGAAAGAUGAAUUUUCUUUUAUGCCAGGUGAUGCAUUGGACCUGUUUGACCGCAUGUUGACACUGGAUCCUUCAAAGAGGAUCACAGCAGAAGAAUCACUACAACAUCCCUUUCUGAAGGAUGUUGUUUGUGAGAACAUCAGUCCACCAAGCUUACCAACAUGGCAGGACUGUCAUGAGAUGUGGAGUAAGAAACGCAGACGCAAAGGAGAGGGGAAAAUAGCUGAGGAUGCAGGCUCAGCAAAACAGACAAGGAGAGAGUCUGUUGUUGACAGCCUGGAAAAUUCCAACAGUCUUCCUGCAUUAUCAGCAACAGGAGAGCAAGAAGAGAGAUCAGUAGAACCACUUGAGUCUUCAACAAUUCUGCGCAGACAGAGCAUUGAGACAGUUGAAAUGGAAACAGAAGAAACUUCAGCUGAUGCUUAUUCCACACGAGAUGAUCAUGUGUUCUAUGAUAGAGAAGAAACACAUCAGUAUUCAUAUGCUGAAGACAACCCUAAGUCUACUUUCUUGCAGGAUUCAUAUUAUCAUGAUUACCCAAGGGACUAUCCAGGAGAAUCAAGCAACAAUUCUCACAAUGCCUCUGUUGAUGAGUUUUCUCAUACCUAUUCAAGAGAAAAAAGUGAUAACAGCAGGGGAAAUAGGUACUCGCAGUCCAAUGUGCAUUAUGAACAGUUGUCUCCUCCCACAGAUCAAGAAAGAUGUUCCUUUUCUGAUCGGUUUAGACAUUACAGUUAUGGAGAGGGAGGUAGUAACAAAGAUUACAAUAAUUCCUCCUCACGAUCAUAUAGGGAGGAGUCAGCACCUUAUCUUUACAGAGAACAUUACUCAGAAAGCUUUUCUCAAAAGCGUGAAGUCUUUGAUUACAGUGAUACACGUUAUGAUCGCCUCCCUGUUACUGCUGGAAACAGAGGUUCCAGUCCACAGCAUGGUGUGGAGUCCUAUCAAACAUGGUGAUAAAGAAUUUGGCAGAUGGUUUUUUUCUUUGCUUGAUGACCUUGAGAAUACUGGUGCUACAUCAGGAGAUAGUCAUUAAUACUGCUCUACUAGAGACUUGUAUAUAAUAUGAUAUAAUUUUAUUUUUAAGAAACAACUGCUAAUUAUCUUGGUAAAAGAGAGGCUGUGUCGUUAUCUCACCAGUAUGUAAUUUUUUUACAGACCAAACUAUCAUGUUACCACUGUAAGCAGCACAUUGUAAGCUGGUUGAUUUGAUAACAUGUCUGACCACUGCAGGACUUUUAUAAGUCAAUAAAAGUUGAUCUGGUUAUUCAUCUGA